AUGGCAGCCGAACUCAUCAUGCCUACGUUACCAGGCGAGCAGCAGCAGUCGCGGCACUUUCUGCCGCCUCAGCGCCCCAUGCACCAGAGAUCUCAAUCCUACCACGUCUCGGGGCCUCAGAUCUCCCCCAUCAGCAGCACCGAAGUCAGCCCAAAUCAGACUUACUCAACGCCGCCGUCGCCAAAGGGCCAGCACGCGCGCUCGGGACGUCCCAUGUACAUGCCCGCCGUGCUGCGGCCGUGUGACGAGUUUCCCUCGAAGCGCAUCGCGCGCACCAAGACGGGCGGCUCAACCUCCGACUCGGACUCGGAUUCCACCUUGCGCCGCGCCAACUCCAACCUCAUGACCCUCGCCGGCCUCAGCGGCCUGGGCAACAAGCUGAGCCGCCGCUCCACCGGCGAAGGCGCCCAAGCUCUGGACGGCGACUGGAACAUUGAAGCGUUUCCCGAAGUGACUGCCCCUCCGACGCGAAAGCACUGGAAGCCCGAUGCGGAGUCGUCCAUCUGCGACGACCCGACCUGCAAGCGAACUUUCAGCUACUUCAUCCGCCGACACCACUGCCGCAAAUGCGGCCACAUCUUCUGCGACUGGCACUCGAGCUAUGUCUUGCCUCUGGACCAGAACGCAAACUUCAACCCCAAGGCUUCGGUCUCUCGCGCCUGCAACCACUGCUUCCAGGUCGUCAAGGCCACCUAUGGUGGCAGCAGCAGCCAGUCUUCUGGCUCUGCCGCGUCGGACGCAUCGCACACGAUGCCCUCGACCCCAAUCACGGCGCCCGCCGGCUUCGUCCCCACGGCGCCCAAGGGCCCCGAGGUCGCUGCCAGUGUGCCGCGAGACUGGAACUGGAGCACCUUCUGA